UUUCAAUGACUUUAUAUAUGUUUGCUAGUCAACAUCAAGUUCAAUUCGAUAACGCACCAUUUUCACAAUUUACUGCCAACAUCUAAUUUGACUUGAAGCUUCCAGAGCCUAGAUACGCUGCCAACCUUACAUAAGGGUAAUUCAAUCAUCCUUUUUGUUAUAAUCAUUAGCUCAACUGUAUAACAACAAUUUCCCAAAAUUUUUUGUAGUCUCCGUAAAGAUAAUUGAUUAUGGGCAAUAAAUCAGCUAUUCAAGAAGAAUUUGAGAUACGAUCAAUAUAUCAAGAGAAGGUGAAAAAGAAUUGCCAAAAGGAAAUCGAAGAUUUUGUUCAAUGCGCAACAAACCGAACUAUUAGUGUGAUUUGGAAAUGUCGCCAGCAAAGUCAUGUUAUGAGAGAUUGUCUUAAAAACACAAUCGACCAAACAUCUGAAUGGGGAUUACGCAGCCAUCAAGAUGAAGAAAAGCAGAAAGCAUUCAAAAACCAAACCGAGAAGUAGAUAAAUAAGUUGCUACCAACUCAACAAAUUCCGCUAAAGAAUUUUUACUGUUUGUCGGAAAGACCUUACUGUUACUAAAGUCACUAAAGCUCUCCUUGUAAAUUUUUAAUAAUAGUCAAUAUUACAUUCUAUUUUUUACACAUAUGUUCUCAAGCUAUCGUUGAUUUAUUGUUUUUAUAUCGG